GAGAGAGGAACGGUGGAGAACCGUGUGGUCACCUAGACCAGCAGCGGCGAGUAACCGCCGAUGCCACAUCGACUCGCGAUAUCGGACUGAGAACAUCGAUUCACAUCUCUCAUAAUCACAAAUUUUAUAAGCCGGCAGUUAGUUCCGAGUGAUCAUACAGAAGAGAAAGACAGUUUUGGAAUUUAUGUGCGAGUGAGAAGAAGCACGCGCGAAACUCGUGCAUAUAUCUGACGCGGGCGAGAAAGUUCCGAGGAAUCAUACAGAAGAAACGAGUUUGUAAACGAGGCCGGUCACAGCCGAGCUUCAGUUCGUCUGGGUGACUCGAAGAGUGGCGUGAGCGCGUGCGAGCGUAUAAUGUAUAAUGUAGUUAAAACUGAGUGUCGAUGAUAAACGAUUGUGCGCCAGCGAUAAUAGAGAACUUUUUUAUAUUUAAAAUUUAAAAUCAGAGGCAAAGUUGCAGUGAUUGACAAAUUAACAUAUUCGGCAGUGAAUGUGCGUUUUAAAAACAUUCUCGGCUUUUAUCGUAUUUACAACAAUCAUACACGAGUCUCUCGCGUUUGUGUCGAGUAAAUUACUGUCGAGUAAUCGAGCAGUAGAAGCGACCGAAAAUACGUAGCGAUGACUAUUCACAAAAAAGGCACGGUGUCAAGGCUGAAGAAUGCGGGAACUGCGAAAAACGAAGUGGCGACGACGUCGACGUCCUCGGAUGUGACGACAACGGAGACAGUCGAGGUUGUAUCCUCCACCAGUGUCGUGGAGGAAUCGAAUCAGGUGAAGGAGAGCGAAUCUAGAAGUAGUAUGAUGGAGGUCACGAGUGCCAGUCGCGAGGUCAUCAUGGAUUCCAAAGGUAACAUUAUCAAAGUUAUCGAGACACCUCCACAGACUAUCCAGCAGAGCUCGUCCAGCCGAAGAACUGGAAAAAGCUCUCAAGACUUCAUAGCAGGGGAGCAGGUGCAAUCGAUUAAGCAAGCGAAGACGACGCACGAGAUUCCACGCGAGCACGCAACGUCUCUUUCAGAAAGUCGAACAAUUCAAGGAGAAACAAUUGAACAAGCCAGUCAAUCUAUGCAGACGCAAAGUCAAAGCACAUCCCAUUCGAUGAUUCAGCAGUCGAGCUCCUCGAAUGUCUUAAUUGAGAGUUCAUCAGUGAGCGAGGAUCAUAGCGGACAUCGCUCUACUGUUGCAGUUUCUCAUGACAUUAAAAAUAGAGCUCACGUUCCCAUAUCUCAGACAUCGUCAAAGUCAACCGAGAGUACUCACGUGAGUAGCGAGACGAGCGAAGCCGUAACGAAAGACGGUCAAACAAUGUCGAGCACUACGAGAAUACGUGAAACGGGAGAAAGAAUCAAUGACAAUGGUAAGACGAUGUCUACAUCGAGCCGAGAAAUAGACAGCGAGCAUACAAUUACACCUUUUAAUGUGACUGUCAUUAAAAAUACUGAUGAUAUCAAGAGGAAUGAUGAUAAAAGUAUGCGCAGUGAUUUGAAAUCAGAGAAAUCAAAUAUCGAGAUAUCAACACGUUGUAAUAAACCUGGCCAAUCCACAUGGGAUGGUACCUUUGUUUAUGAAAAACCCGCCACUCCUAAGGACAAAAACGUCGUUGAUAAAACAGUAAGUUCGAAGAUUCAUAGCGAUACCAGAGAUAAUGAAACAAGCGUUAAAAUCACUCAAGAGACCUCGACUCAGGAGGUGUCAUUUAUCGAUCAAAACGUAUCUUCAAGUUCAAGCAUGACUCGAGACUCGAAAACGAUUGAUGAAGGUCAACGAACGAUGACUUGUCUUCGUGAUAUCACGCCAGAGAAAACCGCCGCAGAUACAACAGAUUUCGCUAGCGAAAAAUAUUCGAAAGGACUGACUCGUUACUCAAAACCUGGCGAUUCGACAUGGGACGGAAGCUUCGUCGUGGAAAAAAUUACGACGCAGCCAAAAAAUCAGCGUAACGACUCUGGCGUCAAUAUGUUUCACGGUCGCGGCGACAACGUCAUGGAAACUACGCAGAGAAGAGAUUUCAAAGAAAAGAGUACGGACGGUACAUAUGAGAAGGAGUCAUCCGAAACUAUGCGCGUCGUAAAAGGUGCUACGGACAGCACCAGAUUCAUUUCUGAAGAACGACGAGAUGUAAGCAGAGAAACUUCGAUCCAUAUCGAUGGUUCGCCAUUGAGUAAGGAUGAACAUCCUGCUCGCGUAUCCAGUCCAUCGCAACGAAGACUCGGCAGACCCAGCGAAUUUAUCUACGAAAAAUCACAAGAUGACGUAAAGAAGCAUCCUUCAGACAUCACCGUUGUCCGUACAACGGAAAAACGUCAUGAUACCGUGGAUGUUCAAGAUGUCAGCGAAGAGCAGAACAUUUCGAAUGUUACUGAAUCGGUCUCCACGUCUUACAUCGUCGAAUACGCGAUUUCCGGCGACAAGAAGAAUGUCGAGAAGGUCACGUCAGUGUCCGAUAUAAUCUUAGAGGAAGAUAGUCCUGAGAAUAAAAUUACCCGCGGCCAUGAAAGUCAGGAGAAACAGACAAAAUUUGAUACAACUUCGCGCUGUUACAAACCUAGUCAAUCUGCUUGGGAUGGCACCUUCGUCUACGAACGACCGGUAACACCUGAUAGUCGCCGAAGAUCGGAAGAUAAACGUACCGUAAAAACCAUCGAUAUUCGAGAUGUUACGGAAGAUAAUUCGAUUAAUGAAGCGGACGUUACAAGUACUUCUUACAUCGUUGAACAUUCAUCAAGUCAGCAAAGUUUCUCAGACAUCAGGGAUGCUAAUGUCAGGUCCACGAGGUACGAGACAGUCGUUUACGAGGGGCGCCCUGUCGAAACGACGAUUAGAUUUGAUGGAGAUACAUCACGAAGCAAAGUUUCGACGACGGAACGUCGGACUAGUCCCUCUCCACGACCUAGAAGUCCGGAGAAGAUACCGAAAGAUAGAGAUCUGCGAAGUAUCAAACCUGGAUCGUCAACGUGGGACGGAACUUUUGUAUUGGAAAAAUCGCAAGAGAAGAAGCGAACACCUAGCAAAGAAUCCAUUGAUAUGCUACCAGAUAAAUCUCGUCCAGUAGACAACAAAAAAACACCCUAUGUUGAUACAUCGAAGAAAUAUGUUAGCGAGACUACUAUCGAUCUCCGAGAUGUCAAGCAAGAGGUAUCAAGCACGUCAGAGAUUAUGGAAAAUUCCAUCGUUAUGGAACAAUCAAGAAUGCACGAAAGUUACACGGAUUCUUCGAAUCUUGAUUUCUCGACGACUUCCGUCGAAACUGUUACUAUUCGCGACGGUCAGCCAAUAACGACGCAAAAAACAGUAACCAUUCAAGAAAGCCCUCACAGUGGUGCGAAGAGUCUGCCUAGUAGUGACGUAAUAAUUACUACCGACAUUAAAGAGACCACUGUUAAAAGCGAGAAGAAGGAAUCUCGCGCAGACGAUAGAAGUUACCGACCUCUAAAACCAGGAUCGUCCACAUGGGACGGAUCGUUCGUGUAUGAAAAAUCAGAGGAAAGAAGACCAAGCGAUAAAAAAUCACCGAAAGAUGUACACAGAACUGUAGCUAAACAGAGUCCAAUUAAAGAACAACGGACCGACAAUGUUGAUCAUCGAACAGUUACAAUUUUGGAUACAUCAAAAGAUAUAAGAAGUGCUACCGAUUAUUCUACGAGCUCUGUCACGGUCGAACAAACAUUCAUUACGGAUUCGAAGACAUACGAUUCUUCAAAUAUAUCCAAAAUUUUUAUCAAAGAAAGCGCAGAAGAUAAAGUACGUGAAACCGAUAAGAAGUCAAGACAGCUGUUCGACGAAAAACCUGAACCAUCGCCUCGACAACAUCCGAAAGAUACUAAAGAGCCUAAACAUAAAAAACCGCAGAGUCCGGUGGAUAGAACACAUCGACCGUCGAAGCCAGGCGCCUCCACCUGGGACGGAUCGUUUGUGUAUGAGAAACCGGAAGAGAAGAGACCAGGAGAUCGAAAAGUGCCAAAAGAUAUUAAAACUGAAGAUAAGCAAAGCCCAAUUAAAGAAAAACCGAGUGAUAUCGCUGAUCAUAGAACAUCUGUUACAAUACUGAAUACAUCGAAGGAUGUAUCAAGUUCUGUCGAUUAUUCUACGAGCUCCGUCAUGGUUGAACAAACAUAUGUCACCGAUUCAAAGACAUAUGACUCGUCAAAUAUAUCCAAAAUUUAUAUAAAAGAGAGUCCGAAGGAUAAAGUACAUCCGAUCGAUUACGAGACAUCAAAACAACCUUCCGACGAAAAGCCGCAGAAAAGUCCGGUAGACAGAACGCACCGACCGUCGAAGCCUGGUGCCUCCACUUGGGAUGGUUCUUUCGUGCACGAAAAACCGCAAGAUACGCAAAAGAAACCAACACGUGAUGAAUCAACUGAAGUACCGAAGAAACCGGCAGACGAACGAAAACCGAUUGAGAAAGAAAGCAAACCAGUGGAUCAGAAAGGAAAAACGUUGCUUACUCCGAUUUCGCGAAAAUCAAUGGAGACACAGAAGGACAUCACUGAGAUCAGACAUGCAGUCGAAGAUGUCGCGGAUAUCACACAUGCAGAUAUCACGCGUACAUCCGAAGUGCUUCAGCAAUCUUAUGUAAUCGAUCAGUCUUCAAGAUUCACUUCUGUACAAGACGUGCGCGAUGUUAAGGACGAGCGUGUCAUCACUGAAUUUACGACGGACACACGCAAGGAUGUGAGAGAUGUUACCGAGUCAACGAAGGAAUUUAUCGAUAAAGAGCAGGUGACUAGCAUGGUAGCGCGGGAUGUCAUUGACACCCGAUUCGAUACCAUCACCGGUCCGGCACUCCGAUCAUCAACGGAUUCCACGAGGAAACCAUCGCCUGAACGGCCCGGUUAUCCUCGUGGAAUACCUGGUCUCAGGGAAGACGAUCGACCAAAACCAACUCCAAUUGCUGGAAAACCCAGCCGACCUCCGCAGCGCGAAAAAAGUCCUCAGCGACCAGUGGAUGGCAGACCUUCCGAAAUCCGACCAAAAACACCUGAAAAGCUUCGGGAUCAUACGUCGCCGACUAGAAGACCACAGCCAGCGGCCGGCAAGCCGAGUCGACCCGAAGAAAAACCUGUAGCAUUUAAAAAAUCCGAUAAAGAAUCUGAACCUUCGAAAUCUAAACCUAGUCGACUUGCUGAGAAACCGAAGAAAUUGGAACAGGACGUACCUAAAAGAGGAGAUCAAAGUCCAGACUCUCUCGAAGAGGAUGUAAUCUAUCCUAAAUCAGUGCCGGUACCGGAUAUAUUGUCGAAAAUUCCUCUAAAAGAACAGUGCAUUUGCGAGCUUUGUACUUGCGGACGUCACCGUUGCCUGCAUAAUUUGCCUCAAGAACAUUUGGAAUUCUCUUAUGAAGAACCGUUACAUACUGUGACUUCCUAUCGCCAGGAUUAUGAUGAAAAACAUGUAGAAAAGCAAACAAAAUAUUAUCAUAAAGAUCACUUGCAUACGGAGGGUGAAUUUAUCGGACAGAGACGAACCGAUUAUGUGGCUACUAGAGGCGAGAGAGCGCCGGUCAGAAAACCACAAGAUCAUCUCAAACCUGAAGGUGAAUUCGUUAGAAGACCAAAGGAAGAGGCGCCUAUAAGGGGUGAAAGGGCACCUGUGAAGAAGCCACAAGACAAUCUUAAACCGGAGGGUGAGUUUAUUGGUAAGCCUCGAGAGGAAGCUCCGAAAUAUGGCGAACGAGCUCCGAUUACGAAGCCAAAGGAUAACUUGAAAUUCGAAGGGGAUUUUGACACUACAACAACGACCGAGCUGGUUUUUACUGGCACUCCUGGCGAACGACCGAUCCCAAUACGUCGCAAUACUUAUACGAAAAUAGAGGGUGAUUUCACUGACGAAACGACGACGCGAUCGCAAUACAUUGAUCACCGUAGCAUCCAACGUGCUGAAAUCGUUAAACGAACGGAUAAUCUUACCGUGGGAGAGGGUGAAUUCACAGGAACCUCUCAUAUCAAAGAAGAUUUCCAAACUCAUGUUAUUGAUCGUGAAUCUCAGUGGCGACCGAAGUAUCCUGAAGACAUCGAUCGGUUUUAUAACAAAACAGAUAUUAUUGAUAGUACUACUACCACUCAGGAACAAUUUCGAACUUUUGAUCAGGCAGAUUAUAAAAGUACCAUAGUUAUUAAAAGAGGUGAUAAUCUAAGGCCUGAAGGACCUUUCGAAGCAUUGCCUCAUACAAAGGAUGAUUACGUUACACCAAUAUUGUUGCGCAAGCCAGAACCACAAAAACCUAUAGAUAAUUUAAAACCUGAAGGGCCAUUCGAAGGACGGCCUAAAGAUGAUUAUUCACCUAAACGCGGCGAACGUUAUGAAGUGAAACGGCCAGAAGAUAAUUUACGUCCUGAAGGGCCAUUCGAAGGACGACCUAAAGAUGACUAUAAGCCUACUAGAGGAGAACGCGCCGAUGUCAAGCGCCCUGAAGAUAACUUAAGACCCGAGGGUUCAUUUGAAGGGCGUCCUAAAGAUGAUUAUGCACCUAAACGUAGCGAACGCCCUGAAGUCAAGCGUCCAGAAGAUAAUUUACGUCCUGAAGGAUCAUUUGAAGGACGGCCUAAGGAUGAUUAUAGACCAACUAAAGGAGAGAGAGCUGAUGUUAAAAGACCACAAGAUAAUUUGAAACCAGAAGGUCUGUUCCAAGGACGUCCAAAAGAUGAUUUUACUCCGAAGACAGCGGAACGUCCUGAAGUGAAACGACCAAAAGAUAAUUUACGACCUGAAGGUGACUUUUCAGAUCGUCCCAAAGAUCAAUAUAUACCCGGUGAGAAACGUACUCCUAUCAGACAUCUGGAUAAUUUGUAUCCUGAAGGCGACUUCGAAAGACCUAUGCCGAUACCUUAUGGUCCCGGUGAUAGAGCAUCUAUCGUUCGUCAUCCGGAUAAUCUAUUUCCAAUAGGAGAAUUUCCAGACAGAGAAAUCAAGCCAUUUAAACCUGCCGAACGUAGAACGCCUGUUAAACAUGUCGAUAAUCUUCGUCCAGAAGGUGACUUUGAUGGAAAACCCAAAGAUGAUUACAGACCGACUAAAGGGGAACGUGCCAAUGUUAAACGCCCCGAAGAUAAUUUGCGACCAGAAGGUCCAUUCGAGGGUCGUCCAAAAGAUGAUUAUUCGCCCAAGCGUGCAGAACGUCCUGAAGUAAAACGUCCGGAAGACAAUCUACGUCCCGAAGGCGAUUUUGAAAGACCAGAGAAAGCACCUAUUGGUCCAGCCGAAAGACGCACUCCAAUUAAAUAUCUGGAUAAUCUUAGAUCCGAAGGAGAAUUUGAGCGACCUCGUCAGGAUGGUUAUCGUCCGGCAGAAAAACCAGAAAUCAAAAAGCCAGUGGACAAUUUAAGGCCCGAAGGUGAAUUUGAAAGACCACGUCCUGAAAAAUACGCUCCAGCUGAAAAACGAACACCAGUAAAACAUCCAGAUAAUCUCAAGCCAGAAGGUGAAUUUGAGCGACCUCGUCACGAUGGUUACCGUCCGGCAGAAAAAUCAGAAGUCAAAAAGCCAAUGGACAAUUUAAGGCCCGAAGGUGAAUUUGAAAGGCCACGUCCUGAAAAAUACACUCCAGCUGAAAAACGAACACCAGUAAAACAUCCAGAUAAUCUCAAGUCAGAAGGUGAAUUUGAGCGACCUCGUCACGAUGGUUACCGUCCAGCAGAAAAACCAGAAGUCAAAAAGCCAAUGGACAAUUUAAGGCCCGAAGGUGAAUUUGAAAGACCACGUCCUGAAAAAUACGCUCCAGCUGAAAAACGAACACCAAUAAAACAUCCAGAUAAUCUCAAGUCAGAAGGUGAAUUUGAGCGACCUCGACAAGAUGUUUACCGUCCGGCAGAAAAACCAGAAGUCAAAAAGGCAGUGGAUAAUUUAAGGCCCGAAGGUGAAUUUGAAAGACCACGUCCUGAAAAAUACACUCCAGCUGAGAAACGAACACCAGUGAAACAUUCGGACAAUCUCAAAUCUGAAGGUGAAUUUAUUGGUAAACCGAAAGAAGAUUUUAUACCAACAAGAGGUGAUCGCGCUGAUGUUAAGAGACCAACGGAUAAUUUAAGACCGGAAGGUCCAUUCGAAGGUCGACCAAAGGAUGAUUAUCGACCAGUGCGUGGAGAACGUAUGGAUGUUGUUAAACGCAUGGACAAUUUGCGUAUGGAAGGAGAUAUAGAAACAUAUAGAUCCAGAGACGAAUAUACUGAUUUCUUAAUACGCGAAAGAACUGAAAUUACUAAAUAUCAAGAUAAUUUACGUAUGGAAGGUGAAUUCAUUGAUACAAGAACGCGAGAUGAUUUUAAAAUUGUUAAAGGUGAACGCAUGGACGUCGUUAAACAUCGUGAUAAUUUAAAACCAGAAGGUCCAUUUGAAGGUCGCCCGAAGGACGAUUAUUCACCCAAGAAAGCAGAGAGACCUGAAAUUAAAAAGCCAGAAGACAAUUUAAAAUCAGAAGGCGAUUUCGUACGUCAGCCUAAGGAAGAAGUGCCUAAAAAAGGUGAGAGAGCUGAUGUGAAAAAACCGAGAGACAAUUUGAGGCCGGAAGGUGAGUUCGAAAGACCGGAAAAGAAACCAAUCGGUCCAGCAGAGAAGCGUACCCCGAUUAAACAUUCUGAUAAUCUAAAACCAGAGGGUGAGUUCGAGAGACCAAUACCUGAAAAAUUCAAACCUGCCGAAAGACCAAUUAUAAAGAAACCACAUGACAAUUUAAAACCGGAAGGCGAAUUUUUGUCAAGACCGAAAGAUGAGACGCCAAAGAAAGGUGAAAGAGCUGAUAUCAAAAAGCCACAAGACAAUUUGCGACCGGAGGGCGACUUCGAACGACCAGAAAAAAAAUCAAUUGGUCCUGCAGAGCGACGUUCUCCGAUUAAACAUUCUGAUAAUCUGAAGCCAGAAGGUGAAUUCGAAAGACCUAAACCUGAAGAAUUUAGAUCUGCUGAAAGACCGGUAGUAAAGAAACCACAGGAUAAUUUAAAACCGGAAGGCGAAUUCGUCUCUCGACCAAAAGAAGAAGUACCAAGAAAAGGUGACAGAGCUGAUGUUAAAAAGCCAAAGGAUAAUCUCAAAUCCGAAGGCGAUUUUGAAAGACCGGAAAAGGCACCUAUUGGUCCAGCAGAACGACGCACUCCGAUUAAACAUUCAGAUAAUUUGAAGCCGGAAGGUAAGUUCGAACGACCGGAACAAGAAAGUUAUCAUCCAGCAGAAAGGCCAGAAGUCAAAAAACCAACAGAUAAUCUGAAACCCGAAGGCGAUUUUGAAAGACCACAUCCUGAAAAAUAUAUUCCGGCUGAGAAACGUACGCCAGUGAAACAUCCAGAUAAUCUUAAGCCGGAGGGUGAAUUUAUUGGUAGACCUAAAGAAGACUUUACGCCCACUAAAGGUGAUCGUGCCGAAGUUAAAAAACCAGAGGAUAAUCUGAAACCAGAGGGUCCAUUUGAAGGUCGACCGAAGGAUGAUUAUCGACCGGUGCGUGGCGAACGUAUGGAUGUAGUGAAGCGCACAGAUAACUUGCGAAUGGAAGGAGAUAUAGAAACUUAUAGAUCCAGAGACGAAUAUACUGAUUUCUUAUUACACGAAAGGACUGAAAUUACUAAAUAUCAGGAUAAUUUACGUAUGGAAGGAGAAUUUAUCGAUAUGAGAACACGGGAUGAUUUCAAAGUCAUUAAAGGCGAACGUAUGAAUGUCGUUAAGCAUCGUGACAAUUUAAAACCGGAAGGUCCAUUCGAAGGUCGUCCGAAGGACGAUUAUUCGCCUAAGAAAGCAGAAAGACCUGAAAUUAAAAAGCCAGAAGAUAAUUUAAAACCAGAAGGCGAUUUCGUACGUCGGCCUAAAGAAGAAGCACCUAAAAAGGGUGAGAAAGCUGACGUGAGAAAACCGAAAGAUAAUUUGCGACCGGAGGGAGACUUCGAAAGACCGGAAAAGAAACCGAUUGGCCCUGCUGAGCGACGUUCUCCGAUUAAACAUUCUGACAAUCUAAAACCAGAGGGUGAAUUUGAAAGACCUAUGCCUGAAGAAUUCAAGCCUGCUGAAAGACCGGUUGUAAAGAAACCACAUGAUAACUUAAAACCUGAAGGCAAAUUCGUAUCUAGACCGAAAGAAGAAGCACCGAAGAAAGGUGAAAGAGCCGAUGUCAAAAAACCGCAAGAUAAUUUGCAACCAGAAGGAGUCUUUGAAAGACUGGAAAAGAAACCGAUUGGCCCUGCUGAGCGACGUUCUCCGAUAAAACAUUCUGACAAUCUAAAACCAGAGGGUGAAUUCGAAAGACCUAAGCCUGAAAAAUUCAAACCUGCUGAAAGACCGAUUAUAAAGAAGCCACUCGAUAACUUGAAACCUGAAGGCGAAUUCAUAUCUAGGCCAAAAGAAGAAGCACCAAAGAAAGGUGAAAGAGUCGAUAUCAGAAGGCCCCAAGAUAAUUUACGCCCAGAGGGUGACUUUGAAAGACCGGAGAAAAAACCAAUUGGUCCAGCCGAAAGAAGAACUCCGAUCAAACAUGCAGAUAAUUUGAAGCCAGAAGGUGAAUUUGAAAAACGUCCAAAGGAAAAGAUACCAAUCAAAGGAGAAAGGGCAGAUGUUACCAAACCAAGAGAUAAUUUGCGACCUGAAGGCGACUUUGUAAGACCUCAGAAAUCGUCGAUUGGCCCAGCAGAACGACGUACACCGAUUCGACACGAAGACAACUUGCAUCCAGAGGGUGAAUUCAUUGGUCGACCAAAAGAUGAUUUUAUUCCCAAGCGCGUUGAUCGACCAAUUCAAAAGAAGCCUAAAGAUAAUUUGAAGCCUGAAGGAGAAUUCAUAGGAAAACCCAAGGAUGAUUAUAAACUAACUAAAGGAGAGAAAACUGAAAUCGUGAUGUAUCAAGACAAUUUGAAGAUGGAAGGCGAUAUAGAUGUUUAUCGAUCUCGAGAUGAUUACGUAACUACGUCUAAACGCGAACGUGUGGAUAUUGUUCAUCAUGAGGAUAAUUUAAAGAUUGAAGGCGAAUUCGUUGAUAUUCAUCGACGAGAUGACUAUCGAGUUACUCAUGGUGAACGUAGCGAAGUUAUUAGGCGUGAAGACAAUCUUUAUCCUGAGGGUGAUUUUGAACGACCAGAGAAAGCACCGGUAGGUCCCGCAGAGAGAAGAUCUCCUAUUAAACAUCCUGAUAACUUAAAGUCAGAAGGCGAUUUUGUACAACGACCGAAGGAAACUGUGCCUAUUAAAGGUGACCGAGCAAUCGUCAAGAAGCCGAAAGAUAACUUGAAGCCUGAAGGUGAAUUCGAAAGACCAGCAAAAUCAUUCGUUGGUCCUGGCGAACGACGAUCACCCAUUAAACAUCCCGAUAAUCUUUAUCCGGAGGGAGAAUUUGUUGGCAGACCGAAGAAAGACACGCCGCUAAAAGGCGAUCGAGCAGAUGUGAAGAAGCCAAAGGAUAAUCUUCAUCCCGAAGGAGAAUUCGCGAAACGUUCCCCGAAGAAAGUAGAACCGGCUGAGCGAAGAACUCUGAUCAAGCACGAGGAUAAUCUUCAUCCUGAAGGAGAUUUCUACAUAGUGCCUAAAGACGAUUUUAUUCCAAAGAGAGGAGAUCGGUCGCCGGUUAAAAAACCUCAGGACAAUCUUCGUCCCGAAGGUGAAAUGAAAGUAUCUCCGAAAGAUGAUUAUAAAUAUAUAAAUGGAGAUCGGGUAGAAAUACGUCGGCAUGAAGAUCACCUGCGCAUGGAGGGACAAAUAGACACUCAUCGCUCGAGAGAUGACUAUAAGAAAAUCACGAGAGUGGAGAAAGUGGAUGUUAAGAGACAUGAAGAUAAUCUCAGAAUGGAAGGCGAAUUUAUCGACGUGCGUCGCAAGGAUGAUUACGUGCACGUGGUUGGUGAACGCGUACCAAUUAAAAAGCGUACGGACAAUUUACGUCCGGAAGGAGAUUUCGACAGACCUCAGAAGAUCGUGAUUGGGCCCGGGGAGAAAAGAACUCCAAUCAAGCACCCGGAUAAUUUGAAGCCAGAGGGUGACUUUGAACGUAGAACUCCGGAUAAGAUUGGUCCCGGCGAACGACGGUCGCCGAUUCGUCACGCCGAUAAUUUAAAGCCAGAAGGUGAUUUCAUCGGACGCCCACGUGACGACUUCAUUCCCAAAAGAGCAGAAAAAAUCGAAAUCGUAAAAAGAGAAGAUAAUCUAAAGAUGUUGGGUGAUUUCGAAGACACAACGUCUCACAAGUCGACUUACACAAUAGUUCGUGGAGAACGAGCGGAUAUUAAAUCACACGAAGAUAAUUUAAAGCUUAGCACCGGCACUAUGGAAACAAAAACAACCAGUAAAGAUACUUACACACCUUCUAAGCAUGAACCUUCUCCUGCUGGUAAAACGGUAAAUCGUCGAAGACACAUGGAAUCGUCUAUUUCGCUUGGUGAUGACACCACCGUAAUGACCACGACGAAUCAACGUAACUACAAUACUUACACGAAACGUACAGGAAAAGAUAUCGCUGCUAAAAUGAGUCAAAUAGAAUCUGAUACUAGGAAGACCGUGGAAUCGCAAACUUUAGCAGAUGGAACUGUCGUUACGACCGUAAAACGUACAACUACUUCUGCUCAGUCAGAUCAGAGAGCUGCCAAUGCUCAAACUGUCUCUCAUCAUCAACAAAUACAACAUAUUACGGAUCAUCGUACCGUUCAACCAAUUGAUGUUUCAUCACAAGUGGAUUCACAAAAAACGACUUCUCAAUUAGUGUCUAAUCAGCAUCAUGAACAGCAUCAAAGAACUCAUUUGAGUGAGCAACAUUUGCGAUCGCAGAACAUGCAGAGUCGUCGAACAAUCGAGGAUAGAUCAUUCACGGAAGGACUAAAUCACCGAGGGCAAAUCGUGCGAGCGGAAGAUACAUCUCGUUACGCGAUCGACGCCACACACGGCGAGCACCAUAGACAUCAGCAGCAUCAGCAACAACAGCACGUCGAGCGUCAUCAUCAGGAAAUGACCAAGCGCGAUUAUGUGAAUGCGCAACAUAUGGAAACUCGACAAAGAUCCGCGACAAAGCAACACGAGCAGCACACAAUCUCCACUCAGGCACGAUAUAAUUCAAGCAGCCCGGAAUUCCGACAAUCAAUCAACGAGCAAACGACUUUAGAACGAUCACACGUAGAUUCAGCCACGAAGUUCGGUCACCACCGCAAGAACGUAAUAUCCUCUUCGUCAGCUGACAUCAACAAUGCAGUACUCCAUCGACGUGGCGUAGCUUCUUCCACCGAAGCGCUUCAUACGAUCUCGUCGACGGCGGCAGAUCAGCGCAAAAGUAUUUCAAAUCUGGCCGAGAGCGGACAAUAUAUCAGUAAUUCGAGCCAGAGCAACGAUAGACGUAGCUUGACUUCGCUGCAUCGCAGUUCUAAAGAAGUCAAUCCUUGGGCAUCUUCCAGCUAUGAACGCCCGCAGAGAAUCAUUCGGCAAGAUAACCUGAGUGUCGGCGGGAAAUUUUAUUCACAAAGCGAGGCAAAAAGCUAUGGAAAUUUCUCACAAAGUACUCAAAAAGUAGAAAGAGUCCAGAAGCAAACGAACGCAUCUCACAUUAAUUUGGGUGAUGGUAGUACUGUCAGUUCCAGCAUGUAUAAAAAAGAAUACGUUCCUAGGCACAGAGGACCGUGUCCAGCUGCUCUUUUGGAAGCUAAACAGGCGCCUUUCAAACACACCAGAGACACGCAGAAACACAAGUUUUACAUGCCCGUUGUAUCCAAUUAAACUGGCCUAUUAAAUUUAACGUUUCACUACUUUUUUUAAAAAUUAUGCUGAAUGAGAGAGC